AAUUGAUGUCUCAUGCUCAAAUGCUGUUCGUUUCCAUUUCAACUCCAGUUGUCUCAAGUGAGACAAGUUAAAUGCAAGUAGUUGACAACAAUUGAGGCAUUUUCCAUAUUUGUUAGUGUUAUCGCAGUACAUAUUUUAUAAUUUUUAUAUUUUCUUAAAUAAUGAACGGAUUAGUUGCUCUUGUAACUGGUGGUGCAUCUGGUUUGGGACUUGGUGUUGUACGAAGAUUUAUAAAAGAAGGUGCCAAAGUUGCUGUUGCUGAUUUACCAAGAUCUAAAGGAAAUGAAAUUGCUAAAGAGCUUGGAGAAUCUGCUACUUUUAUACCAACGGAUGUUACAUCGGAGGACGAUGUAACUGCUGCUAUAGAUACAAUAAGUAAGAAGUUCCAAAAAUUAAAUGUCGUGGUAAAUGCAGCAGGAAUAGCUGUUGCCCACAAAGUGUAUAAUUUUAAUAAAAAUGCUCCACAUCAAGCAGAUACUUUUACGAAAGUGCUUCAUGUAAAUACUUUUGGAACAUUUAACGUUAUUAGAUUAUCUAUACCACUUCUGCAUAAAAACGAGCCAGACAAAGAUGGACAACGUGGAGUAAUAAUUAAUACAGCAAGCAUUGCGGCAUUUGAUGGACAAAUGGGUCAGGUGGCAUACUCUGCUAGCAAAGGUGCAAUUGUUGGUAUGACUUUGCCGUUGGCUCGCGACCUCGCUACAGCUGGCAUUCGUGUUGUUACAAUCGCUCCAGGAUUAUUUGAUACACCGAUGCUAGGAAGUUUACCAGAGAAAGUGCGUGAAUUUUUAACGAGAACAGUACCAUUUCCAAACAGAUUGGGUAAUCCUGAUGAAUAUGCCAAUCUAGCACAACAUAUUGUUGAAAAUCAUCUCCUAAAUGGAGAAGUGAUAAGAUUAGAUGGUGCUCUCAGAAUGCAGCCUUGAAUGCAAGUUUGUUAAUAAUUUUAUAUUGUUUAUAUGAACAUGGAACGUGGAUAAAGGAUUUUCAUAAACAUGGAUGUUAUAAAUAAAAAUAAUUAUGAAUAAAA